AUGUAUGUUGCGUACUUUCUGUUUGGCGUGCUGUUUUCGAAGGCGAAAGGGGGGUAAGACGGCUAAGUUAGCAACCUGGUCACAGUUUUACUGGCUAUCGUACCUUCUUCAGUUGUUCGUUGUUUUGCUUACAAGCUAACUAGCUCUAGUAGUGGUUGUUGUAAUGGUUCCCAGGAUGUGCUAGGCAACUUACAAACUUAUUUCCAGGCUAGGUCGCUAACUAGCGAUAACUGCACUACGGUCUGGAAACCAAGCCAACUGACAGAAUAUGCCAUCAGUUGAACACCAGAGUGGGUCUGGUACUGUCGGGGAAAGCUUGGCUCUCCCUGCUUCCGCGAUGGCGGCUUGCGGUUGGCUGAAGGUCGCUGGAAGCUUCGCGGCGCCGGGUCCGUCCAGACUACUCCGCCCGCUGGCUUUGUGUCCGAUCCCGGCCAGCAGGUGCCUGGCCUCUCGAACGUCGUCAUUGUGUCGACGAAUGAGUUCCAUAAGAAAAACGGACCACUUGGAGAGAACAGCCAACAACUCCCGACAGAUGGCUGUGUUCCCGGCGAAGGUUUGUGGGAUCAAGAACGAGUCGGACUCUGUGAGACGACUCCGUCUGUCCGUCCCCCAUCCGGAUUUCACCUUCAAAGCGGGGCAGUGGGUGGACUUCUUCAUCCCCGGCCAGGAGAAGGUGGGCGGGUUCUCCAUCUGCUCGAGCCCCGCCCUGCUGCGAGGGGAGGGCGUGAUUGAGCUGGCCGUCAAGUACGCCGAGCACCCGCCGGCCCACUGGAUCCACCGCUCGUGCAGGCUGGAUUCAGAGGUGGCCGUCCGAGUGGGCGGGGACUUCUUCUUUGACCCCGCCCCUACGGGCCCGGCGGUGGACCUGCUGCUGGUGGCGGGCGGAGUGGGGAUUAACCCCCUGUACUCCAUCCUGCUGCAUGCGCUGGACCUGCAGCGCCACCACCAGGCAGCAGGCCAGGGCUACAAGCCAGGAGCCGUGCAGCUCUGCUACAGUGCCAAGAACACCCAGGAGCUGCUGUUCAAGAGGUCGAUCGUGGAGGCCUGUCAGGAGUUCCCCGGAAAGUUCUUCUGUGACUUCCACCUCACGCGCCAGAGCGAAGCCGUGGACCCGCAGCUGCAGCCCUUCAUCAGCGGUGGCAGGAUAUCUGAGCAGGUUCUAAGGGAGCACCUGGAGAGGCUGGCGCGGGCGGGGCAGCGGGAGACUCUGUGCUACCUGUGCGGGCCGCCGCCCAUGAUCGAGAGCGUCUCCGAGCACCUGCAGCACCUGGGCCUGCCCCCCCACAGGAUCCUGUUUGAGAAGUGGUGGUAGCCCCGCCCACUGCCGGCCCAAGCCCCGCCCACCUACACCUGGAUCUCGGCGUCUGAAAUCCUCCCCUGCCUUCCACUGACAGAAUCACAGCGGUGUGAGCGCGGUCUGACCGUACUGCCCCGCCCGCCCCGCCCCGCCCCCAGCCCCUGCACCCUGGCAUGCCCCCGCGGGGCACCUGAGCACACGUGUGCUGACUCCAGGCGUGUUGUAGGAGGCAUGUUGCAGGCGUGUUGAUUCGGCAGGACUCUUGUUUGCCACGUUGGAUUUUAUGGUUCACUCCUCUUCUGAAGACAGAAAUAUGCGCACAUCACCUUUUAUUUAUUUUCAAAUGAGAAUGUGUCAUGUUCUUUUUAAACAAUAAUUUUUGUUAUAAUUAUGCAUUGUAAUAAUAAUAUAACAUAUAAUAAUAUAUAAUAAUAAUAAUAACCGA